UUUACUCCACUUCAUCUUCUGUUUAGUGAUUGAAAGCAUGAAUAAUUUGUGGAAAUCGAUGUACCGGUUACGCGUGCACUCACGUAACCAAGCGCUGGCAUACGGCAAAGUGUUAAGCGCAUCGCAAAGCACCUCAACUCACCAGCCGGCGGCAUCCACAGAAACCGGUGUACCGAAGGAAACAAUAGCGAUACCAACCAGGAUCGAGCGUGGCCCAACUGAUAUUCUGAUGGCACUAUCGGCCACAGUAGGAUUCGAUCCAACCGCUCCCCAUUUCAAAUAUCACGACGAUCCGUACUUAAUACCGACCUCGAACUCGAACAAGAAAACGUACGCCCUGGCACAGGAAGCCGGUCGGAAGGCCGCACACUGGAUACGGCAGGAGAACGCCCAUCUGUUUCAACACAAAGAGGCCGAUCCACCGGUACAAGCGUUCGUACCGACGAUGGUCUACAACGAAGAGAGUAAGGUGGAAACGACUGAUCUGCAGCAGCUCAUAGAAAGUGUCGAGGUGAAGGAUGCGAUACUGGUGCACAAUCUGCUAAAGAAGAACGGCAUAGAGGUUGGCGAGGAACUGAAGCAGCAAUUGCUUGAGCUGGUGUGUUUUUACAACCACGAAGAUACACUGCCGGAACAGUUAAUCGAGGAGCGUUGGUUCCGCCAGGGUACGGUUGGCCGCGAAAGGCAGCGCAAAACGUGGAAAGAUUUUGAGCUGGCGGAGGAAUUGUUUCAUGGGCUGGAAACGAAACGCUCCGAGCACUACUGUGCCAUGAUUCGUGGCAUGUCCCGAUUCUUUCAGGUGGAAAAAGCAUGGGCUCUGUACCAGGAAACGAUAGAGAAGGGUAUCGAGCUGGAUACGAACACAUUCAACUGUCUGCUGCAUAUAGCAUCGUUCCUGAAGGAAAGCUACGACAAGCGGUGGGAGCUGGUGUGCGAAGUCAUGACCACCAUGAAGCAGCAACGGUUGCGUCCGAAUCUUGGCACGCUCAACGGUAUACUCCAGACGGUGACGACGAUAGGCGGAUAUAAUCAUCCCCGUACGUACGCCCUAAAAACGCUGGCCGAGUUCAAAAAGCUCGGUAUCGAACCUUCGCUUGCCAGCUGGUACUAUAUGCUGGUGAUUUUCUGCCGCGAGCGUGGCCCGGUUAGUCACGUGCUGCACGACAUAAUGAACGAAAUUGAGGGCAAAGAGUUUACUAUUCAAGAUCCAAAGGAUACGUUCUUUUUCGUGACGGCGAUGGACGUGUGCCGCAACCAUCUGCACGACAAGCAGCUUGCUAAGCGGGUGAAUCAGCUGUUACACCAUGGCGAAAACUACAACUUGAUUGGAGACUCUUAUAAGGAAUCAAUCUACUAUCGUCACUAUUUUACAUUGCUCGCCACUACGGAACCAUUGGAAAGCUUCCUGGACACGUACCAUCUUCUCGUGCCGAACGUCUACACGCCAGAACCGUCGGUUAUGGAGGACAUCUUGCGAUCGGUGGAGAUGAACACCGCCAUCGAGCAUAUACCGCUGCUGUGGUCACACAUGGUACAGUUCGAUCAUACGAACCGGGAAAAUCUAGUCAAUCUGUUGCUGCACAUUAUGGUCACGAACGAACCGUCGGCCGACGACCCGAAGCACGCUGAUUUGGUUCAACGGUUUGCUAACAUCGCGUGGGACAUGUGGAACCGAAUGGAGGAACGUGCCGCUGGACCACGGGCCACCACGUCCACCGGCAUGUCUGGGCAGAUGUUGGGCGAUGUACUGCUAUUGUGCGCCCGUGCCGCUGAUUACGAGAAAGCAUCGGCCAUUUUCAUGAAGCUCAGCAAGGAACAGAACUCGUUCGUUGGUGACCCGAGGGUGGAGGGGCUGCGGGAGUUCGUUAACCUUUGCAUCACCAACCGAACACCGUCGGUUGCGAUACAGUGUCUGCAGUAUUGCAGCGAGAACGGGUACCCGGAGAGUGUGGAUAUUGGUCGACAUAUUUUCAACUCGUUUACAUUGGAUCAGACGCAGGUGUCAAAGAUACGCAGUCUUGCCGGAGCGGAAGCAGUGACACCGAUCAAUCCAAAGCAGGAUGUAGCUGGGAGCGAAUGA